UUACCAACCGUUUCGAUUUACAUUGCGCGACUAAUUCCCCGUGUAAGUCGAAGCGCAAGCAUCGUCAGCGAGCGUAAAAAAACAAAGUAAUUAAGAUGACGUCACGCGAAUUAAUGCGGGACGAUGCGUGAGUAUGUGUGAAAUCGUUUGUGAACGAUACAACUUCAUCAACUGUCCCGGAUAACCUGUAAUGCGACGAAAUUCCAGGCCGCGUUAACCCGCGUAUUUGCAAAAAUCCAAACGCGACGCCGACGGCUCUUCACUGCUGUGCAUUGAAGAAUCAUGAGCGCGGAACAUGCUUGCACGAGACGCCGUCAUCCCAACGCGGAAAGCCCGUAUGACGAAGUGUUGCACAAAGUCGACGACAGCAUUUUAUCCGUUAAAUUACCCAAGAACAAGCAUCGCAUCGAAGGCACGGAUAAACACGCGGACGGUAACAGAUGCACGAAGGAAUGCCCGAAAGUCGAGGUGAUGCAUAAUCAACGACCACCGCCGAAAAAACCGGAAGAGGAAAUGCUCAUACUCAAAACAGUACAGCAUAUUACUGCCGCCAACGAAAUGAAGCACAGUCUUGAGGUGGAAUUUAAAUCGCCACGGAAUUACAUCCCAUUGCCAAAACCUGGACCACCUCCACCCAUAAUCGUUCCGAAGGAGACCGUUAUCGUGAAAGCGGAUAAAGAAAAAAGAAGCCGAGAAAGAAAAAAAAAGUAAAGCGAUAAAGAUAAACAUCGAGCAAAGUUUGAGCGGGUGCCAUCUGCGAAAAAUAUUUUACUCAUAUAAGGCCCCUGCGAAGAAUCUCUAAUUUGCAUGGCAACGACAGACGGGAGCGAACAACCGUUUAAUAAAGCGAAAACGCGGAGCUAAUAAAGAAUUCUUUUUCGAAAUCGUUGUUUGCUUCCAAUGUUCUUUCCGUAAAAGAUGAGGAUAAAGAUUCUUCGAACGUAAAUGCCGAGGAAAGGGUCCGAACU